GCCCGAUUCAGUCCCAAAGAGACGUUCGUUCGGUGUAAAUGGAAGUGAUCAAGUAGCGGAGCGCGUUUUUGUCCGUGUCGGUCCGGCGCAUAUGCUAACCACCUAAAACCCUGCAUUCCGUCUCCAUCAUCAUCAUCCAUUCGUAUCUAAGCAGAAAAAAAAGAAACCACAGAGGACAACAAGCGACACAAAAAGUUUUUUCUUACAUAUUUCAGGUUGGAAUUUGAGAGAAGAGAAGUUUAACGCGAGUAACUUGGUUGGCGUACCGUGGAAGUUAACGCGCAACCAUGGCUGUGUUCGGACUGGUCUCUUCGGUGGCCGGCUUCAUCAAAGUCCGUUACCUAGUCGACAAGGCGAUCAUCGAUAAUAUGGUAUUCCGCUGUCACUAUCGGUUGACGAGCGCUGUGCUUUUCCUGAGCUGCGUACUGGUUACUGCAAACAAUCUGAUUGGCGAUCCAAUUUCCUGCAUCAAUGACGGUGCUAUCCCCGGACAUGUGAUCAAUACCUAUUGCUGGAUCACGUACACCUUUACCCUACCCGGUCAGCAUGGACGUCCGCUGGGAACGGCGGUGGCCCAUUCGGGUUUGGGCAACGAGUAUAACCAGGAACGGACCUAUCAUAGCUACUACCAGUGGGUGCCGUUCAUGCUGUUCUUCCAGGGGCUACUGUUCUACAUGCCCCACUGGAUCUGGAAGAACUGGGAAGAGGGUAAAAUGCGCAUGAUUUCCGAUGGGCUCCGCGGGGCCCUGACACUCGGAGUGGGCGAACGCAAGGAACGCCAAGGCCGGCUUAUUCGGUAUUUAUACGAAAGCAAAAAAACCCACAACGCCUACGCGUUCGGUUAUUUCAUUUGCGAGGCUCUGAAUUUCGUCAACGUUAUUGGCAACAUUUUCUUCGUGGAUAAAUUUCUGGGUGGUGCUUUCAUGACUUAUGGCUCGGAUGUUCUGAAGUUCAGUGACUUGGAUCAAGAAAACCGUUCUGAUCCUAUGAUCGAGGUCUUUCCUCGGGUGACCAAGUGUACUUUCCACAAGUACGGAGCUUCGGGCAGUAUCCAAAAACACGAUGCUCUGUGUGUGCUAGCUUUGAACAUUCUCAACGAAAAGAUAUACAUUUUCCUCUGGUUUUGGUUCAUCAUCCUGUCGAUUCUGUCUGGUUUGGCCAUCCUCUAUUCGGCGGCCAUUGUUAUGAUGCCUACAACUCGUGAAGCGGUGCUGAAACGUCGCUUCCGGACAGCCACCUCAAGCCAGAUACAGGCUCUGGUACGUCGAAUUCAAAUCGGUGACUUCCUGAUGAUCCACCUGCUCGGUCAGAACAUCAACGUUACAUCCUAUGGCGAAGUACUGCACUCGCUGAUGCUCGCCAUGCAGAUACCGGAUCCAGGCCGACACACCACUCCCUCGGCACCUUCGACAAUGGAAAUGGCACCCAUGUACCCGGAGGUUCCAAAAUACGCUGAUAAGGAGAAGGAAGCGUUACAUCAAGAAUACGAUGCAUAGUGCGAAACUUCAGUCUCAGAAUGUGUAUGGCAGGAUAUCAAAAAGACAGAAGGAACAAGUUAGGAUGUGCGUUUGAACCUAACCGUGCGUGCGGGUGUGUGUAUGUGCGAAAGAAUUAUCUAAACGAGACAUUAGAAAAACAUUCCCACUUUCAGCAGUUAGAUUCAGAUUACGAACCCAGACCGUUCGGAAUUGUAAGGUCUAAUGUCUCAUCCGAGACGAGUUUCCCCCUCAUUGGAUAGGAACAAUCUAUUUUUUUUGUACAAGAGCCGAAUUUUUCCGGUUCUAGUUAGGACAAGAAGUUUUGUUUUAAACUAAAUUAGCAUUUUAGAACGAGCAAACGAGCAUUUCGGUGCGAUUUCUCUCCCUUCCAAAAGAAAAAAAAAGAAUGAUUUAGAGCACCACGGUCAAAAUCGAAUUACUUCAAAGCAAAAAAAAAAUGGCAAAAAAUGCAAAUGAGAAGACUGUCUCUUAUGAAUCAUAAAUAUUUUAACCGGAAAACUUGCGUUAAAAAUAAGCCGAUAUACAAAACUACUUUAAAGAUUAGCUUAUUUCUGGACGAGAUCGAUUUUAUACAAAAAUAUAGUUUUAUACGAAAGCAUAAGAAAAGGCCGACCCUAUUCGUGAUAGUAAUCGUUAGAAGAGGAUGUUGUUGAAAGAUCAAAAAAGGAAGAAAUGCGCCAACUCAAAGACAAUACUUUGAAAACACAAUUUGCCAUACAACGUAAGACAACACACACACACACAAUCCGAACUACACAGAAACUCGUAUUAAUCUACGCCACAACUACGCAAUGUAGGCUACAAACAUAACUUUAGACAAAAAAAUCAUCAAGUAAGAAAAAAACGAAUGUGCAACUUUACACAAAAGACACAAGCAAUGUGUAGUGCUCAAAACAUUUCACUAAUAGCCGAGAGAAGGUAGACGAAUGCAUUUUUACUAAGUUCCAAGCGCCUUAACUGAACACGAUAAAUCUCAUUCCGAAUAGGAAAAUAAAAUAAAGAAAGGUUUCAUAAUUACAUUUUUUUUUUCUUAAUUCUCGAACAUUUUCAAAUACAGAAUAAUAAACCACUCGUCGUUAACACUCCCUUCUCGCGCGUUAGCAGGUAGGACAUUAAUACUAAAAAAAAAAAAACAAAACAAAAAUGACAUAAACUGCCUUCCGAUGUUACGAAACAAUAGAUGGAGUCUCGACUAUUGAAAACCAUUAAACAAACAAAAAAGAAAAAACUGAAGAAAGCGUAAGCAAACUCUCAUCUCAUUAGAUUAAAACGAAUAAAAAAAAUCAACAACUGAAAGCAAAUGGAUCAGAAACUAGUAAGAAAGCAUUUUAUUCUCUCGUCAGAAUCUUUUAGAUUUUUUUAAAAAAUAAUUUGCUCUAGUAGAUAGUAAUUUUCUCUAUUUUGCAGUUGAUAAUUGUACACGGUACUGGCGCAAUGAGGUUGUUGCAUUUAAGAAAUGAAGUUGAAGAGAAUGAUUGAAUUUCAAUGUAACAGAGCAAGUAGUAGGAAAGUAAAAUCUCGAGCUAGCUUCAUCGAUUCGACGUAAAUCACCAUUUGGCCAAGGAAAAUUUAUGCAUAUACAGUAUUUAGGAUGCAAAAGAAAAAAAAAAUUAAACAGACAUCAUUCGCGGAAACUGAUCUAAAUUUUAUUUUUUGAGAAGCUGCAAAAUGACGAGAAAUUUUAUUGUGAUAAGAUUCAAAUUUAGAGAAAAUAAAUUUUUAUAAUAGUAAAAA